AUGACAAUGGAGUCUGAAAACACGCGCUUCGACUUACCGGGUUACUCCGUCCCCCUGAAUUGGAGUCAUGAGAUGUUCCCUAACGCACUGGAGAGCAGCCUCGCUGAACGCUUGAAUACUCAUCGAGAGAUCUUGAUGAUGCGAGCACUCAACUCCAUCACCGACAAGCCUGAUUGGGAGAAAAAGGUCUUUGAUGAAGAAAUCACUGCCAAAUGGCGCAAGGAAAUCAUGGACAGCGGAGAGGAUGUCACUCCCAACAUGAUGAACUGGAUCAUCAAGGAGGCGCAGUGGAAAGCCAAGGUCUUCCGGGACACCAAGCACAUCGUGGCAUUCGACGCUGGCGUGGUCAAGUCCGAUACUGCCAUUGCAGAAGACUUGCGACAAGUGCUGAGAGUUGCUGUUCGGCCCCUGGAGGAUGUGCCCGAAGAGCUCAAAGACUACCAUCCUGGGUCGGAUGACAAGGUGGUUGACCUGGUCCAUCCAUCGCUAUUUCCGGUCGUCUACGGCCGGACUCGCAUUCUCCAUAGGAAACUGAUUGGACUUGAGGACUUUGCGAAUAGCAUCGGGGAGGGCAAGGUGCUUGCGGUUCCCCCCGAAGAGGACGCCAUUACUGUCAACCACUACUGGCAGAGCAGAAACACCACCCAUCAACUCUACAGCCGCAAAUUCCAGUGGCUUCCCUGUGAUGUGCAUUUUACUGAUAAUGGCGAAUGUCGCAUUGCGUCGUAUAUCAAUAACCUGCAUCCAAAGCAGCACCGGCCGCUGUACCAAGUCAUUGAGAAGAUCCUGGCUCAGACCAUACCACUGUGGAACACAACCUUGACCCUCGUGCAGGAUAAUUACAAGCGAAUCCGCUAUGAUGAGGUCGAAUAUGACGAGCAUCCCGAGCCCGAGCCCCAGGCGGCAAAUGAGGAAGAAAGGUAUAGCGAUGAAUUUUAUGAACAAUAUGACGAAUGGCAAAAACGAGAGCCCAUCCGACGCCCGGAACCGGGCGAAUUUUCCCCCCGUGUCAUCGAGGCCGAGGGCCAGGUCAAUCUGCGCGAAGAUUUUGCCCAGAAUGGAUUGCAGGUGAUUGUCAAGCUGGCAAACAUCGAGCUCACCCCAGAGAAGCCUGAGUAUGACGGUGGAUCGUGGCACAUUGAGGGACAACUGAAUGAGCACAUCUGCGCUACAGCCAUCUACUACUAUGACAGCAAGAACAUCACUGACAGCAGACUCGCGUUCCGACAACGGGCGGAUACAGAAAGCGUCUCAGAGAUCUCCUACGAGCAAUCACGACAUGAAUUUCUCCAGGCGAUCUUUGGCUUGGAUCCUGAGUCGGCUUACAACGAGGGCAAUAUCACUCAGGUCCUGGGUAGUGUUGACACUCGUCAGGGACGCUUGCUCACCUUCCCGAACAGCCUCCAGCACCAGGUGUCGCCGUUUGCGCUGGCGGACCGGACCAAGCCAGGUCAUCGCAAGAUCCUCGCCUUGUUCCUUGUAGACCCUCAUCUCUCGAUUAUCUCUUCAGGGAAUGUGCCGCCUCAACGGGAAGACUGGUGGAAGGAACGGCAGGAGGUUAUCCGCAAGUUGCUGAGCGAGAGACUCCCAGCUGAGCUGCAGAAUAUGGUCAACGAGGGUCUCAAAGCUACUCCCAUGACCAUGGAGGAGGCAAAGCAGUACCGCAAGGAACUGAUGGAGGAGCGCUCCAGCAAGUCGCAGGAACAGAACCUUAAAUUUGAGAGGGGGGAGUUUAACUUGUGCGAGCAUUAA